AUGAAUACUGAAGACCUCAGCGUCGAUGAUCUCCUUACCUUCAUCGCCAAUAGAUCAAUUAAACUGGAACGCCUUGGACGUAUGAUGUGUCACGCCGUUGAUCUUAGCCAAGGUGGCUUGGUAGAGAUAAACAUUGAACUUUUUGGCACUGAUUCUCUCCUCACCUACAUUGUUGAUAGAUCAAGUAAUUUGAGACGCCUAGGACUUGCUAAGUGCGAUCAAAUAACAGGCAUGGGACUUUUCUCAGCGGUCAUGAAACUUCCAUUGCUUGAAGAACUCGAGCUUUCAUACUGCAAAAUCAGAGGACAAAAUUUGGAAGCUAUAGGCUAUGCUUGCCCGCAUUUGAAGACAUUGAAGCUAAACUGUCAAGGCUACAGGCUGCUCCCUCACUUGGAGUCUAAUUAUGGUUCCGUAAACAUUGCUAAAACAAUGCUUGAUACUGAUUAUCAGAUCAUAGACAUUGUUAAAAGAAUGCAUGAACUGCGACAUCUCCAGCUUUUUGGGAACAGACUGACAGACAUUGGCUUUAACGCCAUUCUCGACGGCUGUCCUCACUUGGAACAUCUCGAUUUACGCCAGUGUUUCAACAUCAACCUCGUAGGGGAUCUCGAGAAGCGUUGUUUGGAGAAGGUCAAAGUUUUGAGACGCCCCAACGACUCAACAGCUGAUUACCCAUAUGAUACCAGUGUACUCGAUUUGCCUUUCUGA